AAUAUUUGACAGGGAGGAAUAAAGGUGCAACUUGGCUGGCAUCAUUAAUAUGUAGAGGUAUAGCUUGCUGUCUUUAUUGAGGCAAAAGAGAACGAGGACUAUAAAAUCUAUGUUAUUCACAUGACUGGCAUCCUCUAGUUGUCUUCCUUCUUUUGGUUAGAAAAGAUUCAUGGCGUUAGGGAACGGGGAAUCAAUUCUUUUCUUGGCAGGAAACUUUGCUUCAAAUGUUUCCACACGUUCAAUUUGCAUGGCCUUGUGGGUGAAAAAGGUGCACAACUUUUUACACAGGUCUCGUAUAAAGGUUUCGGAGAAGGCGAUUCUUGUCCUUCCUUACAACAAGAUGUACCUGUCCAAAGGGAAAUGAUUUCCUCAAAACACCAUCAAGAAACAAAGACGACUCCAUGGAAAGCCUAAUUAAGCUCCUGACGUGAACUACAAGACAAUCAAUCUCACAUGUGAAGAAUUCUCUCCUUCAUCCUGGACCUUUUGGGCUCUCUCUUAUUAUUACCCCACUAUUUAUAACCAUUGAAGACAAUCGGAAUUAACCAAAAACAGAUAUACCAAUACAAAUAAACAAGAAAUGGAGGCCUCCAGUCCUGUAAGCACACCAGAGAUUGUGUUCUUCGACUUAGAAACAACGGUGCCCAAUAAAGCUGGACAACGGUUCUGGGUACUGGAGUUUGGUGCAAUAAUAGUUUGUCCACGGAAACUUGUUGAGCUAGAUAGUUAUAGCACACUCAUAAGACCUGAGGACUUGUCUGCUGUUGCAUUGAAGUCUGGUCGAUGUGAUGGGAUAACUCGUGAAGCUGUUGCAAAUGCACCUGCAUUCGAGGAAGUUGCUGACAAAAUAUUUACCAUUUUGAACGGUAGAAUAUGGGCUGGACAUAACAUCCAAAGAUUUGACUGUGUCCGAAUUAAGGAGGCAUUUGCAGAGAUUGGUCGGCCUGCACCAAUGCCUGUUGGAAUGUUUGAUUCUUUAGGAGUUCUGACGGAAAAAUUUGGCAGAAGAGCUGGUAACAUGAAGAUGGCAACUUUGGCUACUUAUUUUGGGCUCGGCCAGCAAAAACACAGGAGUCUUGAAGAUGUGCGUAUGAACCUGGAGGUCUUGAAGCAUUGCGCAGCAGUUUUAUUCGUGGAAUCAAGCCUUCCAAGUGUAAUGAAUGGCAAAUGGCACAACCCUUCGACAAUGGUAACUCGAAGCAGAAGUAAUGGAAAACUUGUGUGUAGGGAAGAAAAUUGCCGAAAAUCUCCUCCAACUACUCUUGGAUACCAAAGAGCAGUUCCCUAUACAAGGGGAAGGUUGGGAGAGAUGACAGAAGGAGUGAGAAAAUUGCUGUGCAAAGCCCAGGAGACAAAAUCUCUUAACAACAUACUCAAGCAUUCACUUUCUUUGUUCAGAUGAGCGAAGAAACAAGGGUUUUACUGCUCAUUUUGCAUCACUUUCUCUGUUUUGGUAAAGAUGGAUGCAUCAAGAGAAACGUACAAGAAAGUUCACAUUGGAUAGCAGAGAACGGCUGCCUUACCAAUAACGUGGGAUAUCAUCACAAAUGGGAACAACUUACUAAGCCAUGCUGAAGAAGGUUGUUAACAUAUAUUUGGUUAAUCUAAUUUUCCACAGACAGCUUGAAAUUGGGGACUUGUAAAUGUCAAGUGGCUAAUGGCUUUAAGGUUCAGCUUGGAAGAGCAUAAAUCUAAUCUUUGUAACUAAGAUUAUCUGUCCUUCCUUCAAUUAAUUGAUUUAUUUAUUGCUCAA